AUGGCCGCUCAAAACAACAAGUAUUCUUUGCUGACGAUUCGCAAUGCUCACAGUUAUGUGCAUCGAUUCCUAGCCUGGUUCUCGAAGCACUAUCAAUCUUGGUUCGGCCUUGUCCCUGACACUGGCAUCAGUCCACUACCAUUUGGCCUCCUGCUGAAAUGGCACGAGCACGUACGAGUCGAAGAGGCGUUCACAAUGCGCUUGACUCGCGCCGCUGGUAUGCCUGUACCUUACGUGCUUUGCUGUGGGGAACAACCACCACCACAUUGGUAUCCAGUCUCGAUACUCAUGACACGCCUGCCUGGCUUUGAUCUAGCGAACUGCGGCGAUCCUUUUAUACCGGAAGAUGAGGAGCCAUGGAUCAGCGAAGUUCAGCGCUGCGUCGACGCGAUGCGCGCCUGGAGCAACCCAUUUGGUCAGCGCAUUUGCUCUGCGAUGGGAAGCGCGAUCGCGAGCCAUCGUGUUCCAUUUCACAAGAUGGGUCCUUUGGAAAACGAAGCUGAGCUCAACAAAGUUCUUCUCGGCCCAGCUUCGAAGGAGACUUACAUGUCAAAGGGAAACUACGAGGACGAGCUUGCUUUGGCACAGGAGAUGGAGGAUAUCCCGCACGACAUCGUUUUCACCCACGGGGAUUUCAAAGCGCACAACCUUUUGCUUGAUGAAAUCCACGGGAAAUGGCACCUCACCGGCUUCUUGGACUGGGAAUGCGCUGGAUGGUGUCCGGCGUAUUGGGAAUUCACAACGGUCCUGACGAUGCAUCGACGAACAUGGUGGGGCGAAGCUGUACGUUAUCUCGGUGGCGACCGCUAUCAAAGAGAAUACAGAUGUGAGGAGGCACUACGGAGUCUGACAGUCGACUCUUAUGUCGGUUGA